GAAAAGGAACAGAGACGAAGCUGAAAUACCAGUGGGAUUUAGGGCAAAACCUAAACGUGGAAUUUGGAAACUCUCUCGAAACAAUGGAGAAGGGGAUGAUAAGUGUGGACCGGUGGAGCGAUCAAAGCCAGACUUAUUUCUUGACUCAUCUCCAUGCAGAUCACACAAAUGGUUUGUCUUCCAACUGGAGCAAGGGACCAAUCUUCUGCUCCUCUGUCACCGCCGAGCUCUUUCCCGUUAAAUUCCCUGGUUUCAAUCUUUCCCUGCUUACGGUUUUGGAGAUCGGAAUUUCACAUUUGCUUUCUUUGGUAUCUCGCUCCACCGGAUUGGAAACUUCUGUUCAGGUUACACCCAUUGAUGCUCACCAUUGCCCUGGUGCUGUCAUGUUCUUAUUUCGUGGUGAAUUUGGAUGUGUCCUCUACACUGGUGAUUUCCGUUGGGAAUCAACCAGUGAAAGGGCACAUUUGGGGAAGAACACACUCCUCAAUGCUCUAAGGGGUGAUAAAGUGGACUUCAUUCACUUAGACAACACUUACUGUAAUCCAUUGUAUUCCUUCCCUCCUCGUGAAGCUGUUGCCCAGCAGGUUAUUGAUGUUAUUACCUCCCAUCCUGAACAUGACAUAAUUAUUGGGAUUGACACAUUGGGGAAAGAAGAACUUCUAGUUUGCAUUUCACAAGCACUUAAGAUAAAGAUUUGGGUGUGGCCAGAACGCUUGCAAACGAUGCACCUGCUUGGAUUUCAUGAUAUCUUCACAACAAAUACUUCUCUUACUAGGGUCCGAGCUGUUCCUCGUUACAGUUUUAGCAUCGACACUCUCAAGGGAUUUAAUACUAUUCGCCCAACAAUUGGAAUAAUGCCCUCUGGUCUUCCUUGGGUGGUGAGAUCCAUCAAAGAGAAUGGUGAUUCUCUUGCUUCUCUUCCAGUUUCCCACGAUAUUAGAAACAAGGUGAACGUAGAUGUUUGGGCUCAUGUGAAUGGAAGUCAGCUGAAUGAAAAGCCAUGCUAUGCCCAAAGGCUUCAUAAUUACAUCUUCUCACUACCAUACUCUGAUCACUCAUGCUACCAUGAAAUACAGGAGUUUAUUCAGCUUGUCCAGCCGGCCAACAUGAGGGGUAUAGUUUCUUCAUUAUUUUGCGAAUCUGAUCCUAUGUACCAUUUUGGCCACCUUUGUGUUACAAAUCAACUACAUGAGCAGUCAUUCAAGAAAGUCAGAAGAGGGGAGGUAAAUGGAAGUGACAAAGCUACCCAAAACAAGUCUAUACUUGGAUUUGAAAAGAACCUUCAGACAAAAGCUAAGAGAAAGAAGACAAUAAAAAUUGGCUUCUUACGUGUUCAUCUGCGAAGGGUAAGUGUUCUCAGACGAACAAGGCGUGGUGCAAAGCUUGCAGGAGUUGACAGUACUACUGAUUGAUCAGUUUUGAAUGAUGAGGAUGUUGGUUUGCAUUUGGAUAUGAGCAAGCUCAGAUGUGCUGUGACAAGUAAGCCGUAGUGUAAAAGAUUGAUGAAACUGACAGUAUUAUUAGUCAGGGUUGUAUGCUAAUAUAGAAAGUGCACCCAUGUACAAAUAUGGCAUAUGCCAGCUGGAUUUUGAAUAAUUGAGUUUCACCUGAAAGUUAAUCUGUGUGGAUUUAAUUCUU